GCUCAGCGCUCGAGCCUCACAGCAAUAAAGCAAGCCAGGUUGUAUACGCUACCCGUCGCAUCGUCCAACCCAAUGGCUUUACAGUCGACUUUCGAUUCCCUCAUAGCUGAUCUGACCCGUGACGCGCACCGUGUACAGCCAAAAGAUGCGCUCCAAUUCUGUGCUAACUGGUUUAACAUGCGUCUAGAGGAGCAGCGUACGCGUAUGCGGGACGUACUUGGCCAGCUCGUUCAACGCGGUCGUCCGUCUAUGCACGAAAUUCCCGAAGAACUUUAUACUGAUUCCCCCCUUUAUUUCUCCUCCCGCAAUUCCACGCCUACACCUGUCUCUUCGUUUGCCCGUCGCCCGUCCACUCUCCCCACCAAUCCCUCCUCUAGACCUUUCGGCACUUUGAACGUACCCGGAAAUGCCUUACUCUCCGGGGACAACAACGGUGCCGGUGUCAGCAGCACCCCGGAUUUCCCAUCCUUCUCAUUUGAACCUCGUGAAGUUCCCCCAACCUCUCCUCAUUCCACGGAUCCAAAUUCCUUUGCAAGGUUUGAUGUGGGGCAUGCGCCUAGAUCAUCUUUCCCAGUUUCGGGAAUCACGAAUGACUAUUUACGAGCACAUGCUUCCACUAUGUCCCGCCGUGCAUCUGUUAGUGCAGAACCUAUCGAUGUCGAGAACGGCAACGACGAUCCACCGCCCGUCUUCCCAAAGACUCCUGAGCAGCUCCGUCGUAUUAAAGCAUCCAUCGCGAAUAACUUCAUUUUCCGUGAUCUUGACGAAGAACAGGAGACUGGCGUUCUCAAUGCUAUGAAAGAAGUUCAUGUGAAAAAGGAUGAAGUUGUCAUCCGUCAGGGAGACGUCGGUGACUAUUUCUACGUCGUCGAGUCCGGUCUUUUCUACUGCUACAUCCACCCGGAACCUCUGCCUCCCGCUUGGCCCCCCGCAGAUGCGCCGUCCUCAACAAAACUCGCGCAUCCAGGACAUCACGUUGUCUACGGGCGGAAGGUCGUGGAGUGUAAACCUGGAAGCUCGUUCGGUGAACUCGCUCUCAUGUACGGUCACCCUCGGGCAGCUACUGUGCAAGCCAUCGAGCCCUCAACGGUCUGGGUGUUGGAUCGCAUCACCUUUCGCACCAUCAUUUUAAAGGCUGCCUACAGACGGCGGACUAUGUACGAGCACUUUCUUUCGACGGUUCCACUCCUGUCGUCUCUCGAACCAGUCGAGAGGAGCAAGAUCGCCGAUACCCUCUAUAGCAGGGUAUACCAGGAUGGCGAGCCAGUGGUCAGCCAAGGAGAUAUGGGGGAUACUUUCUUCUUCAUAGAAGAAGGAGAAGCGGUUGUGACCAAGACACAGGAGUUCGUUGAGGGUGAGCGGCGUGAAGUCACUGUGGGUCACCUCAAGAAAGGCGAUUAUUUUGGCGAGUUAUCUCUCCUUCGCCUUGAACCAAGGGCUGCGACCGUUAGUGCUGUAACCAGGAGCGAUCCUUCGCAGUCGAAGCUCAAAGUCGCUGCUCUGGAUGCCCACGCGUUUACACGCCUGCUGGGUCCACUCCGGGAUCUUAUGGAGAGGAGAGCCGGGGAAAAUUAUGGAAUCAUUACUAGAAGGACCCAUUAGAAUACCCGAAAAACGUCUCUGAGGGGGGCUGAUUACAAUGUCUUGUAUUUACCCUGUGUAUCAAGUCGUCACCUUGUUUGUCUAAUAGUUGUCAAUUCCCGGCUC